UCCUCCGCCGGCCCGCGCCGGUCCCGGCGGGCUCCAGCCCACCAUGCAGCUGCAGUUCCGGAGCUGGAUGCUGGCCGCGCUCACGCUGCUGGUGGUCUUCCUCAUCUUCGCAGACAUCUCGGAGAUCGAAGAAGAAAUCGGGAAUUCUGGAGGCAGAGGUACAAUCAGAUCAGCUGUGAACAGCUUACAUAGCAAAUCUAAUAGAGCUGAAGUGGUAAUAAAUGGCUCCUCAUUGCCAGCUGUUGUUGACAGAAGUAAUGAAAGCAUUAAGCACAACAUCCAGCCGACCUCGUCCAAAUGGAGACACAACCAGACGCUCUCUCUGAGGAUCAGGAAACAAAUCUUAAAGUUCCUGGAUGCUGAGAAGGAUAUUUCCGUCCUCAAGGGGACUCUGAAGCCUGGAGACAUAAUUCAUUACAUCUUUGACCGAGACAGCACAAUGAACGUGUCCCAGAACCUCUACGAACUCCUGCCCAGAACCUCACCCCUGAAGAACAAGCAUUUCCGGACUUGUGCCAUCGUGGGCAACUCAGGGGUCUUGCUGAACAGUGGCUGCGGGCAGGAGAUCGACAUGCACAGCUUUGUCAUAAGGUGCAACCUGGCCCCGGUGCAGGAGUACGCCCAGGAUGUGGGGCUCAAGACAGACCUGGUGACCAUGAACCCCUCCGUCAUCCAGCGUGCCUUCGAGGACCUGGUCAACGCCACGUGGCGGGAGAAGCUGCUGCAGCGGCUGCACGGCCUGAAUGGCAGCAUCCUGUGGAUCCCCGCCUUCAUGGCCCGCGGUGGCAAGCAGCGCGUGGACUGGGUCAACGAGCUCAUCCUGAAGCACCACGUCAACGUCCGCACCGCCUACCCCUCACUGCGCCUGCUGCACGCGGUCCGCGGGAGCUCCAGGGAAGAAAGACUGCAGGAGAGAUGGAUGGGCUGGCCCUGCUUUCAGCAAGGGGAGGAGGUGGGAAGAAGGGGGGCCUUGGAAUGUGUUUCCGCUAAUGUUCUUUCUCUUCAUGGGGCCACUGGGCCUUACAGCACUGUGUUCAACAGAGUAUCUGUUAAAAAUGGGGAGCAUGCAUAGUGAGAGGAAGGACUUGCUUGCUUCUGCCUUGGUGAGACCAACUUGGUGUGCCCUGCAAGGAAGGAACAGGCUGGUGAGGGAUGCAGAAGGAAGUCACAUGGGGAAAACCAAGGAAUUGUGGAGAAGGCAGAAGAGGAAGCUGGAACCUGGUCAGGGACAAUGUGGCCUUGUAUCCAAAAUAUGGACACCUCUGAAGGUUUAGAUCCCAGCUCCAUUACUUGCUUGGUUGCAUUGUGUGUCUCCCUGCCCCCAAGUUCUGCUUUCUUUGUCUUCUCCCUAACGAACCCUAUCUGUUUUAGAUCAUGUGUCUCAUGCUACCUAAGGAGUCUGAGGGAUCAGUCAGUGGUGCUACCAUGGCUGCUGCCACCAAGUACCUGGACAGCCACCAUGUGGGAAAGUGGUUAGACUUGUCCUAUAACUCACAAAGGUAACUCUAGAGCAGAAGUGGACACACAAGGAAAAAUGUACCAGACUAUAGGACUCUACAGGAGUCAGAGCGGUGGACUAAAUCACACUAGUCAUGAGUUCUUCACUUUGGAGCCUAAAUCAUGGCCUGUAGCUUGUAGACAAAUAUUGUUUCUUCAUUUAAAAAUCCAUUGCCUACGAAACCCCAUGGAUAGGGUAUGUGUGGAAGGAUAAACUUUUGCCAUAAAAUAUGCAUAAAAUUAAAUUUACCAUUUUAAUAAUUUUUUUUGAUACUGGGGAUCAAACUCGGGACCUUCCACUUGCAAAGCAGGUGGCAGAACCACUGAGCUAAAUCCCCAGCUCCACCAUUUUAAUAAUUUUAGAGGUAGAUUCCAUUUAUAAAAAUUUCAGUCUUAGAAUACAAUUGAAAGCAUUUUACAUAAAAGAUGAUCUCUGAAGGGAGUUUAAAAAAAAAACCUAGAGGCCGCCAUAGCACCACUCCCAGCACAGAGGAGGUGAGCCGUGCAGGCGCCAAGAGCACAUACCCCUCCCGUCACCCAGGUAAAAAUGAGAAGACACAUAAACAAGCCUCAAAACCAGAUUUCCAGAUCACCUACAG